GGGUUUGAGGCUGCACAGUCUGAUGAGCAGGACCUGUAUAUGUAUUAACGUUUGGGAAGGCGAACUCUGCAGGAGCCAUGCUCAAUUCCACCAAGUUCUCCGCUGCAAUGGCGUCAGGUUGUACGACCUAUCUGGCAGCAGCUUUUCUGGUGGUGGUGUCUAGGGUAGUUGCCGCCUCGCUUGGUCCCUCUCCUGCUGGAGCUAUGGCAGCCAGCUCGUUGCAAGCACAUGGAGCGGAGCAGGCUUUGCCUGAGCAAGCAAUAGCUGAGAGUCUGGAUGCCACUUGGCCCCAGGUGGAGGCCCAGAGCUGGCCCGAUUGCGUUGUGGGGCCUGACAACUACAAGUACAUCUUCCUAGGGGCUGUGCCUGGGGGCACCAAGGAACUGCACAUUGACCUGAGGAAGCAGUGGGAUGGGGAGUCAGGGCCCAUGCUUUGCCUACGCCGAGGAGGCCCCCCUCUCCCAUCGAAUACAACAUGGCUGUCUCUCUCGGGAGCGGCUACUGCGGCUGGCUGGGCGGUCAACAGCAGCUUUGUAGGCGCGUGCGGCCCCUUCGUUGCAGACAUGCACCUUGCCCUGUCUGAGGCGCACGUCCUAGAAGGGCCCUGGUGGCUGGCCCUCUUCACGGACCCAUCCGAGACGCGCUUCCAGUCCAAGAUGAUCCAGCGGGGGCCCGUGUAUCCCUUCUCCCUCAAUGUCACCAUCGCUGGGUGCGGCAGCGGGGAGCAAUGUCAGCAGAACAAAUUGGGUUCUCUUCAGGCUGGCGGGGGCCUUGACUCAGAUGCCACAGCUUCCCAGGCACCACUUCGGCUGGCGAGCAGUCCCCCCUCCUUCGUUGAGGCCAUGUUGCAAAACGGGCAGACGCUCUUGUCCACUCUGGAGUCCACUCUCCCCUGGUCAAAUCCGGCGCCUUCGGCGAGAAGCGAUCCCACCGCCGCUGCCCCAGCAGCCACCUCAGCCGAGUGUUACUCUGCAAACCAGUCGUUCCCCUUGUAUGUCCCUUCCCCCGCCACUCUCAACCUCUCUCUCCGCCUGCUGCAAAGCCCGGACGGAAGCCCGUUACCCAACUUCAGCGCUCAGCUAAGGUGGGGUGCCACUCCCGUUGUCCCCAGCAUGGGGGCCCCAGUUCCGGACGGGCAGAUCAGCAUCCCGUCUGCGGGCCUCCUGGAAGCGCAGGUGCCGAACGCGCGGGCCGGGUGGUGGUACCUGCGGAUCGUUUCUGAGAACGCCACUGGUGAUGGGCGGUUCUGUGUGGAGUCGUGGCAAUGGGAAGCAAUCGGCUGUGAAGAAGGGCGGGCCGGGGAGCGGUGCGCGUGGCCAGUGACCAGGCUCGGGCGGGUCCUCACCAGCCCCAGCUUCAGUGCGCUGUAUCGUCCCACCAGCUGGGCAGACACAGCGGGAGGCUGGUUCACCGUUCACAUGUCCCCGCCGCUAGCCGCCAUCAGCCAACGUGCAGUGCAGAUUCGUCUGAUCAACGCCGAGUCACCGAGUAGCAGCCUAGUAGCGAGUGGGCGGUGGGCGUAUCUGUCAUUUCCGAUCUCGGACGUUUCGGCAGGUCAAACCCUCGCCGUAGAGGCACGCUGGUCUAAAGACUCGAGCCCCUCGGGACGAGUGCACUUGUUCUCGAAACUAGGCGCCGCUCCGACGGCGGACGACUUCGACUUCGCAACCUCGUUCAACGGGUCCACGAAAGCCUCGAAGAAAGUUGGGGUGGGGCAAGAUUGGCCAGCAGACGGUGCCGCGCGCCUGUCCAGGGGUAAGACGGACAGCCUCAGCGUAUCGGUGCAGUAUCCUGCUGCGGGUGCUUGGUACGUGGGCCUGUUCUUUGCCCCCAUUUUGGAAGACACGUGGCCAGCUGCUUCCGACCCCCCUGGGGAGGUGCUACCUGUGGAGUUGCGGGUGCGGGUGGGGGGCUGCCCGAGGGACUGCUCGGGACACGGCAACUGUGCGUCCUACUUCGACGAGGGCAGGGCGCGGGUCUGGAGCACGUGCGAGUGCGACCGGACGCACGGCGGCGUGGACUGCUCGGUGGAGGUGCUGUUCCCCGACCAGGAGUCGCGGCACGUGCUGGCCCUCACGUUGUCCAACGCGGCCGCCAUCCCUGCGGCAGGCUGGGCCUUCACGCACCAGGCGUACCCCGAGUGGAUCGUGUUCACGUGCGGCGGCCUGGCCAGUGCGGUGUACCACAUGUGCGAUGCCGGCAGCACCUGCCUCGCGCAGUACGGCACUCUCCAGUUCGCCGACUUUUUGCUGUCCUUCCUGGCGGUGGUCCUGACGUGCCUGCACCUGGCCCCGCUGCCGCCCCGCGCCACCGCGCCCGCGCAGCUGAGCGCCACGCUGCUGCUUGCGCUGGUCGCCAAGGACAACGCCACCAGCGGGUGGAGUCUGGUCAUUGUUGCCGCUUUGGGUGCGCUAGCGCUCGCGCUGGGUUGGGGGCUUGAGGCGGGGAUGCACAGAAAGCGACAGCCGGACGGGCCACACCAGUCUUGGGGCGCCCACAUGCGCCACGUGUUGGAAGCCAAGUGGUUGCGCUGCGUGGCGCUCCCAACCACAGCGCCCGCUUUGGUGCGGUGGUUUGGGCGGCGCUACCGGUGGCCGUACCUGGUGGGCGGGCUAGCCAUGCUGGGCCUCGCGGCCGCGGCGUGGGCCUUCGAGUCUGGGCCAACCUACUGGUUCUGGCACAGCCUGUGGCACGUGGCCAUCUUCAUGUGCCCCUUUUUCCUGCUUAGCGCCACGACGGCCCCGCAGGACGCACGGGGAAGCGCGGCCGCGCAGGGUUAUGCGGCGGUGCUGGACGAGGAGACGGACCAGUGUGCAGACGUGGAAGAGCGGGAACUGAGAGUGGUGGUGGAGCCUCCGCGUUCCUCAUUACCGGCAGGGGAAGGGCUCAGCUCCUGAAUGUAACUUACAGUCAAAAGUUCGUGCGAGGCGGCCAGGUAUGAAAAGCCCAUAUUGCGAGAUCAAAAAAUGCUGAUCCUUGAAGGCAUCCUUGAAGGAGCGUCACACGAGCAAGAGCGCUGGUGGCGAAAUGUUCACUAACUGCUGUACAGUAUUGCAAGCUUAAGUUACUGGAUCCAAGGAUCCCGCCCGCAUUAGUAAGCCAACUCCUUCGAGCAACGUGAACGAAAGAGCUAUACGUCAAAGUAUACACGAUUGCAGUUUAGCUCAGGCCUGUGCAGUGCGGCAAUCAGCAUACAAGAGAGCUGUUCUGAAAGUGGUUCUUUUCUUUUGGUGGACACUGCAUGGUGAGCCGGUAGGAUUUCCUACGAGCCUCGUAUGCUGGCAUGCUCCGAACAUUUGUCAACGCGUCAUAUCAGCUGAAUGGGCUUGGUCCAUUGCUUCCGAC